CUCAACUACUUCAAAUUUUUGAUAGAUGAUACUGUCAAAUAUUCACAUAACACAUGAUGAGCUACUACUCACUCUGCAAGUAACAUCCAAAGCCUUGUUCAUGGAGCCAUCCAUAAUAUCAUCCACCAUCAUUCCCACAACUUCAUGGUUUACACCCAAAAGGUUACUUGGUAUAUUUUGUGUGAUAAACUUGUUAACCUAUUUGGAUCGAGGCGCAAUAGCUAGCAAUGGUGUUAAUGGUAGUAAAGGAACAUGCACUGAUGAUGCUGUUACUUGCACUUCUGGUUCAGGAAUACAGGGGGACUUUAACUUGAACAAUUUCGAAGAUGGUGUUUUAUCAUCUGCUUUUUUGGUAGGAAUUAUGGUGGCUUCUCCAAUAUUUGCUUCUCUAACUAAAAGUGUAAAUCCAUUUAGGCUUAUAGGAGUUGGAUUGUCGGUUUGGACUCUCGCAACCUUAUUUUGUGGUUUUUCUUUUAACUUCUGGUCCAUUUCAGUCUGUCGCAUGCUUGUUGGUGUUGGCGAAGCUUCGUUUGUAAGUCUAGCAGCGCCUUUUAUCGAUGACAAUGCCCCGGCUUCUCAGAAAACAGCAUGGCUUGCAGUAUUUUACAUGUGUAUACCAUUGGGAUAUGCUCUUGGAUAUAUCUAUGGUGGUUUGGUCGGGAGUCAUUUUGGUUGGCGUUACGCGUUCUGGAUAGAGUCUAUAUUGAUGCUUCCAUUUGCUAUUUCAGGAUUUUUAAUGAAGCCUUUAGAGUUGAAAGGUGCGUAUAUUUCUCGCAUCGAUUUAUAAUAAAUCUCUAUUAUUGUUUUUCACAUGUAAACUACUUUUGGAUCAGGGUUAGUUCCUACCGAUUCAAUAAAGGCAGAAGAAGUACCAGAUGAUAAAUCCAAUUCUACAUCUUCAGUGGAAAUGUUUGAUGAGUUCUCGAGAUUUCGGACUGAUAUGAAAGCGCUUCUGCUUAAUAAGGUUUAUGUUAUCAAUGUUCUAGGUUACAUAGGGUACGACUUUGUCUUCGGUGCAUACUCAUAUUGGGGUCCCAGAGCUGGCUAUCAUAUUUACCACAUGACCAAUGCAGAUUUGGUAUUUGGAGGAAUUGCAAUGGUAUGUGGAAUAGUUGGCACAUUAGCAGGAGGCUUUGCUCUCGAUUUUAUGAAUAACAGUAACACCUUAUCAAAUGCAUUUAAGCUUCUCUCGGUGACAACACUUAUUGGUGCAGCAUUCUGUUUAGGUGCAUUCUUAUGCAGAAAUGUGAAUGGCUUUCUCGCUCUUUUGUCUAUUGGCGAACUCUUUGUUUUCGCCACUCAGGGUCCUGUGAACUAUGUAUGUCUCCAUUGUGUAGAACCAAGUUUGAGGCCUUUAUCGAUGGCUAUGUUAACCGUCGCUAUUCAUCUCUUCGGAGAUGUGCCUUCCUCGCCUCUUGUCGGACUUCUCCUGGAUAGUAUUAAUAACUGGAGAACAACUUCGUUGAUCCUAACAACCAUAUUGUUUCCAACAGCUGGAAUAUGGUUUAUCGGAAUAUUUGUGCAUAGUGUGGAUAGAUUUGAGGAUCAUAGUGAGCAUCAAGUGUGCACUAUACCUUUGCUUCAAGAGAAGACUGAUGAAACAUCAACAUCUUAUUCACAAUCUCAAGAAUGCUGAUUUUUCAUAGUGUGGCUAGAUUUGAAGAAGAUAGACAUCAGUAAAGUUGGCAUACUCUCAAGUUCCAUAAUGGACUAUAAUGAUUCAUAGGGAUAUAUGCUGCUAAAUUUAUGAUCUUAUGUUUGUAAUAUAUCGUUCAACUCACUUCAAUUCACUUUUAGUCAAAAUCAAUUUUACUCGAUUAAUUUGUCA